AUGGGCCCGCCGGACGCCACCACCGGCGCCCUACCCAGCACCCCGCUCGCAGAGAACGACAACCUGGACGGGCUGUACCAGGACUCGCUGGAGCUCAUCAGCCGCUACCUGCGGGAGGCCGCGGAGCUCUGCGGGCCCGGCGGCAAGAAGCUCUUCAGGCGGCUGCUGAGUGGGCCGUGGGGCGCGGGCCCCGCCACCAUGGAGAAGGCGCUGGAGACGCUGCGGAGGGUGGGCGACGGCGUCAUCGAGAAGCACCAGAUCGCCUUCCAAGGGAUGCUUCAGAAGCUUGACAUCAAGAAUGAGGACGAUCUGAAGUCAGUGACUGCUGUUGCAACCCAUGUUUUCAGUGAUGGAGUAACAAACUGGGGUAGAAUUGUGACACUCAUCUCUUUUGGUGCCUUUGUUGCAAAACACCUGAAGAGCAUAAACCAGGAGAAUUGCAUCAACACACUAGCAGGGAUUAUCACAGAUGUGCUUGUCAGAGGCAAACGAGAUUGGCUAGUUAACCAAAGAGGCUGGGAGGGAUUUGUUGAAUUAUUCCGUGUGGAGGAUCUAGAAGGUAGCAUCAGUAAUGUUCUGGUGGCUUUUGCAGCCUUUGCUGGACUAGGAGCAAGCUUGGCCUACAUGAUGCGAUGA